AUGGAGCUUCCCGGAGCUGAGUGGUUUGACACUCCUCAGGGUUUUGACUAUCCUGCAGGGCUUGCUGGACAAGCUUCACAGCGGAGGCCAGUUCGUGUAACCUUUGACGCCGACUGGCAAGAUGACAGCUAUGUCGAGUGCAGAGGCCGUAUUCUCCUAGAUUCUCAGAAUCCAAGGAUCAUUCUCGAUAUCGGAGAUCAAGGUCCGGAUAAGCCCAGUGCUCAGAUGAUAUUCAGUCUCGAAAACAGCCGGGCCGAUAUGGGAAUUGAAGUCCAGGGCAAUCCCGGCUACGAGAGGAUUCAGAAUGUUCGCAAGAAUAGGCCACGGCUGUGCAAUGGUUGGAAUCAGACAGAGUUCUGGGUUGUUGACAUGCUAAGUUCUCCACUUCGGACUGGGAAAAGCUGGGAACUCGAAGAAAAGUUCAGGCAGCCCUGGGACAAACUAUACGAAGAGGCCAUGAAAGAUAAGGUCAGAAUCUUGAUCUGCAAGGAAUACAACCCUGGACACAAGUUAAGGCGAGAGAUCCAUUCAUGGUAUGCAGUCUUGCAAUCAAAAGGAGAGACCUUUUGGGCCUACAAAAACGCAGAGCCAUCGAGACUCGCGGACAACUCGGAGGGGCGGUACCCCGAACUUAUGUGGCUCUGGGACAAAGAGCGGAAAUCGUAUACCAAGAUUAUCCCUAAGGAACCUUUCUUUUCCACCAACGAGGAGAGAAAAUGGAUGCUAAUCGAGGGAAUGCGAGCCGAGAGAGCCACGCAGUACCAGGCGAUCACGAGCAUCUUUUCCACGGAGCGACGCCACAGUUUCUGGUUCGACGAAGAGCAGAAAGCCGGUGAGCGCUUAAUUCACGUGAAAAUAGGGGCUGACGUCGUCGAAGAAGGAUUCUUUAUUCCGGAGAUUAGUCCUCCAGUAGAAGCGGAGUUCGCUUUUGUUGAUACUGAAAGUAUCGCAGAGACCAAGAAGACCGAUCUCAAAUAUACCGGUGUUGUUGUGCACCGGAAAACAAGAGCUGACUUUGUCCUGCGCUCAAAAUUGCCGGAGGUGGACUUUGCGAUGAACCCUGACCGGGUCUCCAUUGUUGUGGUGAUAAAACCAAACCUCCAGGCCGUUGAUCGCCAGAUCGAUGCCUUGCAAAGGGCUCACACGGACCGGGUCUGGGGAGACAUGGAAGGCCACGCUCGUGAAGGAUACUCUCUCCACAAGACCAUCCUGGCCCACGGACAAGAGCUUAACCCGAAUAGCGACGACUACUUCGAACUAGACAUCUAUAAACUGUCAAACGUCGAACGAGAUCAGAAAGAACAUCGCUUGCGCUAUAUUCUGGACAAGUUCCCGCUGGACGAAACGCAACGCAAGGCUUUCAACCGGUCUGUCCGCCAAAUUGUGGCUGGGAUACACCUGAUCCAGGGCCCACCGGGGACUGGCAAGACACACACAGCGUUGGUCAUUAUCCUCGCCUUUGCGUGUCUCGGUAUCCGUGUCCUCAUCGCCGCAGGAUCCAACAAAGGGGUGGAUAACUUGGCAGCAGCUGUCGUGAAAGCUGUCAAAAAGGAUGCUUUCAUCAGCAGUUGGUGUGGCAAGGUCAUACGCUUCCGAUCUCCCGCUUACCAGCUCUCGGCCAUGCAAGAGAAGGGCAAGGGACCAUUCAAGAAGCCGAGUGAAGACGAGAUGGAACUGCUUCGGGUUCAGAUGGAGCAGUUGGUCCUUGCUCGUGCCGAAAGCGAGCCGGAACGAGAAACGACUGCCAAGGAGGUAGAGACGCGACAGAGAUUCCUCAACCUCUUGCAAGCCGACAGAGACCAAGGUCUCAGCCGCUCGCAGACAAAGGAGCUCAAGAACUGUCUUGAGCAACUUUCAAGGGAGGAGCUGCAAAGAGCCAAGAUUGUCGCGACGACCCUGAACAACGCGUCUCAGGAUAUCCUGCGGAUCCCCGGGGUCUUCGAACCUCAGGUCCUCAUGUGCGACGAGUCCGGCCAAUGCCUUGAAGGUGACCACAUGAUUGCCAUGACAAUGCCAUCAAUCAAAGUGGUGAUUCUUCUUGGUAACCCGAAGCAGCUCCCUCCGACUGUGAUCUCUGAGAACCUGAACAAUGAGAAUGCGUUUUUCCUUAAGCGCUCCCUCAUGGAUAGGCUAUAUACGGCAGGGUACCCGUUGACUACUCUCCAGACCAACUACAGAAACCAUCCGGAUAUCCUGGACUUAUAUAACAAGCAGGUGUAUAGCGGAAAGCUUAAGGUGGCUUCUGGCAAUGCGGCGGCAGAGCGUGUUGGUAAUACGUGGGAUGAGUUUACUGGAUCGCGCCAUUAUUUCUAUAAACAGGGACUUGAAGGGCACCGGAGAGUCUUCAUCAGUGUAAAUGGUCUAGCCCAUCAUUCGGGCAAUAGCCUAUCAUGGCAAAACCCCGCCCAAGCGCAUGUUGCGAUACAGCUUUUGACAGAGCUUUACUUGUUCCGAUCAACCCGCGGGGAACAGAUCACGCCAGAGGAUGUGAUGAUCAUCAGUCCCUAUAAGGACCAGAAACACCUUGUCGACGAGUUGCUGCAAGAUGAAAACCUGAGGUGCCGCGAUAAUCUAACUGUGGACGCCUGCCAGGGUUCAGAGGCAAAUAUUGUCAUCUUCUUGAUGACCAAGCCGUCGGACUCAGACGGGAAGAGCGCGGGCUUCGUGGCGGACAGCCAACGACUGAAUGUUGCGUUGAGCCGCGCUCGGAAAGUCUUGAUUAUCGAUAAGGGGACUCGUUUCCUGGUGUCUCUGCUUCGGGAUGUAUCUGAGAAGGGCGAUACCCUGACCUGGUGUGAUCGGCGAACGGUCACCGAGAUCGACCAGCCCGCCAACUUCCACAACUACGGUUAUGGGCCUCACGACGGUGACCGUCGGAAACUGAGGACGUCUACAGCUCAGCAACCAGCCGCGCCGCAGCAAACAGUUGGACGGCGGCAACAGCAGCGGCAGCAACAGUCAGUCCGACAGCAACCGCAACCACAACUGCAGCAGCAAGGUCCACUCCAGCAAUCGGCCGAGUCGCAGGAGCAGGAGACAGAGGGUUUCCCAGACGUUUCGCCGCCUGGGUCUCCAACGCUUCCGCGAGUGAACCUUUCGUGGAGCGAACCUGCCUAUAGACCUCCGACUGACGAGGAAAGGGCCCAGUGGCUGACAGAGACCCAGAGAGAUGCCGACCGACACCGUGAGCGCAGUCCAACACGCGACUCUGCUUUCUCCGUGGCCGACUAUCGCGAUCGGACACCUGAUGUUCGCAGUAGCCUCGAUCACCGGCUAGUAGAUGCAGGAUCGCUAUCGACUUACGAACUGCGGAGAAGAGUUCUGCAAGAGAGAGCAAAUCGGUCAUUGUAUCUGAUCGAACUGUAUCAGAUGGAACUGGACAGCCGGGAAGCCGAGGGGAGAAGAAGUCCUGGGGACGAGGAGAGACGUGGAUAG